CAGUUGGAGAAACACUACGUCUGUAGCGUGCUUCUAAUCAUGGCAAGCAAAGAUUUUGAAAAAUUUAUACGCAAGGAAACUUUGAUAAGUUUAGUUGAAAAGAGGCCAGUUCUAUGGGACAAAACGCUGGAUAUCUAUAGAGAUAAAGUUGCAAAAGCAGCAGCUUGGCGCGAAAUAUGCGUUACUCUAAUGGAGGAUUAUGAAAAGUUAGAGCAAACGGAAAGACAAGAGUUCGGAAAAUUUGUUACUAAAAAAUGGGCGCAGACCAGAGAUUCCUGGAUAAGAACAUUGAAUGAGAAAAAGAAGGCAAAGAAAUCCGGUGCUUCUGUUAAGUCUUACAGAUAUCACAAGCAGAUGUUAUUUUUGAAAAAAGUCGUCUGUCCGGACACGCACGAAAGAGUGUCUUCUACAAAAACAAUAUGUUAUAAAGACAGCACGCCAUCGAUGAAAGAAAUUCAUAAAAUAAACGAAGAAGACAGUGAUAGUCAAGAAGAGAGUCAAUAUACCAGACAUAAUUCAACGCAGCCGACCCCAAGAAGUGCAGUAAAAAGAAAAUUGGCUGACGAAGACGAAAAAAUGAUUUCUUACAUUGACCAACAUUUAAAACCGAAGGCAGCUGAGCACGAAGACCGACACCUAUCGUUCUUCAAAAGUCUUCUACCAUCCUUAGCUUUGCUUAACGACGAUCAAACCUUAGAAUUUCAGUCUAGAGUGAUAAGCCUUAUACAAAAUAUUAAAAAAACUAGAACUGGCCAGUCGAUCUGUGACUGGUCAUCUCCACAAACGUCUAGCUGUAAUCACUACCAAAGCCAAGACCCUUUUAAUAGGCCACACGCUGUUUAUGCGCAAGCGGCAUCGCUGGCAUCCAGUGGGGACUCGGUAAAAUCUGAACCGGCAGAAUCUGUUGAAUCUGAAUGAACAUCAGGUCCUGUAUCCAUGGAGCAGAAAGAAAACUGGUCUGCAAUACUGUGUACCUAAAGAAAG